CUGGGUCUGGGGGAGGAAGGGGCUGGGGGCCCGGACCCCUGGGUCUGGGGGAGGAAGGGGCUGGGGGCCCGGACCCCUGGGUCUGAGGGAGGAGGGCUGGGGGCCCGGAUUUCCGGGUCUGGCAGUGAGGGUACUCCAAAAUUAUCACUAGGCUGAGGUCAGAGGGCUGGAUGCCAAGGGCCCAGCCCCUGCCCCAGGGGCGGAUACCUGGCUCCUUUUCCUUUUCCAGCCCAGCAGUCUUUGCCCCUCCCAGGGCAGGUGAAAGCACCUGCCUUGGUGACAGUAAUGAGCCCUGGCAAAGGUGUUCCUGCCGGCUCACGAGGGCGGGGCUGCCGGAGGGGCUCGGCCAUUCCGAGCCAAGGCCUGCCGGCAUUCCUCACCGGGGCUGUUGUCGGGGCUCAGAAUUUGGAUGUCCCAUCAUCCUCACCUCUAGCCUGGCUGCAGUGAGACCAUGGCCGCGGUGACCUUGUCCGUGCCUGGGCGGAAGGCGGCCCCCAGGCCCAGCCCCGUGCCGGAGGCCGCCCAGCCGUACCUGUUCACGCCCCGUGGGCCGGGCGUGGGUGGCGGGCCCGGGGGCGCGGGCACCUCGCCGCAGGUGGAGUGGACGGCGCGGCGCCUGGUGUGGGUGCCUUCGGAGCUGCACGGGUUCGAGGCGGCGGCGCUGCGGGACGAGGGCGAGGAGGAGGCCGAGGUGGAGCUGGCGGAGAGCGGGCGGCGGCUGCGGCUGCCGCGGGACCAGAUCCAGCGCAUGAACCCGCCCAAGUUCAGCAAGGCGGAGGACAUGGCCGAGCUCACGUGUCUCAACGAGGCCUCGGUGCUGCACAACCUCCGGGAGCGAUACUACUCGGGCCUCAUCUACACGUACUCUGGCCUUUUCUGUGUGGUCAUCAAUCCAUACAAGCAACUUCCCAUCUAUACGGAGGCCAUUGUGGAGAUGUACCGGGGCAAGAAGCGCCAUGAAGUACCACCCCACGUGUAUGCGGUGACAGAGGGGGCCUACCGAAGCAUGCUCCAGGAUCGUGAAGAUCAGUCCAUUCUCUGCACUGGGGAGUCCGGGGCUGGGAAGACAGAAAACACCAAGAAGGUCAUCCAGUACCUCGCCCACGUGGCAUCGUCCCCAAAGGGCAGGAAGGAGCCAGGCGUACCGGCUGCCAUCACCGUGUCUUAUGGUGAGCUGGAGCGCCAGCUUCUUCAGGCCAACCCCAUCCUAGAGGCCUUCGGCAAUGCCAAGACAGUGAAGAAUGACAACUCUUCCCGAUUUGGCAAAUUCAUCCGCAUCAACUUUGACGUGGCCGGGUACAUCGUGGGCGCCAACAUCGAGACCUACCUGCUGGAGAAGUCGAGGGCCAUCCGCCAAGCCAAGGACGAGUGCAGCUUCCACAUCUUCUACCAGCUGCUGGGAGGCGCGGGAGAGCAGCUCAAGGCUGACCUCCUCCUGGAGCCUUGCUCCCACUACCGCUUCCUGACCAACGGGUCGUCGUCCCCUCCCGGCCAGGAGCGGGAGCUCUUCCACGAGACUCUGGAGUCGCUGAGGGUCCUGGGAUUCACCCCGGAGGAAAUCACCUCCAUGCUGCGGAUGGUCUCGGCUGUUCUCCAGUUUGGCAACAUCGUCCUGAAGAGAGAACGAAACAACGAUCAAGCCUCCAUGCCUGACAACACAGCCGCACAGAAGCUGUGCCGCCUCCUGGGACUAGGGGUGACGGAUUUCUCCCGCGCCCUGCUCACCCCCCGCAUCAAAGUCGGCCGAGACUAUGUGCAGAAAGCGCAGACCAAGGAACAGGCCGACUUCGCGCUGGAGGCCCUGGCCAAGGCCACCUAUGAGCGCCUCUUCCGCUGGCUGGUCUUGCGCCUCAACCGUGCCCUGGACCGCAGUCCCCGCCAGGGCGCCUCCUUCCUCGGCAUCCUGGACAUCGCCGGCUUCGAGAUCUUCCAGGUCUGCACCUGGGGCCAGGCUGGGGCCGGAGGGCUCCGUCACUCCGGCCCUGUCCCCCUCUCUUUGUGUCCCUGUCCCCCUCUCUCUGGGUGUCUUUCCACCAAUCCUGGACCAACCCCCCCCGCCGGGAAGCUGGAGCCUCGGCUGGUGCUGGACCAGCUGCGCUGCAAUGGGGUCCUGGAGGGCAUCCGCAUCUGCCGCCAGGGCUUCCCCAACCGCAUCCUCUUCCAGGAGUUCCGGCAGCGGUACGAGAUCCUGACGCCCAAUGCCAUCCCCAAGGGCUUUAUGGAUGGGAAACAGGCCUGCGAGAAGAUGAUCCAGGCCCUAGAACUGGACCCCAACCUCUACCGUGUGGGACAGAGCAAGAUCUUCUUCCGGGCAGGGGUCCUGGCCCAGCUGGAAGAGGAACGGGACCUGAAGGUCACAGACAUCAUCGUGUCCUUCCAGGCAGCUGCCCGGGGUUACCUAGCUCGCAGAGCCUUCCAGAAGCGGCAGCAGCAGCAGAGUGCCCUGAGGGUCAUGCAGCGGAACUGCGCGGCUUACCUCAAGCUGAGACACUGGCAGUGGUGGCGGCUCUUCAUCAAGGUGAAGCCGCUGCUGCAGGUGACGCGGCAGGAUGAGGUGCUGCAGGCGCGGGCCCAGGAGCUCCAGAAGGUGCAGGAGCUGCAGCAGCAGAGCGCCCGCGAGGUGGGCGAGCUCCAGGGCCGCCUGGCACAGCUAGAAGAGGAGCGCGCCCGCCUAGCAGAGCAACUGCGGGCAGAGGCAGAGCUGUGUGCCGAGGCCGAGGAGACGCGCGGGCGGCUGGCAGCCCGCAAGCAGGAGCUGGAGCUGGUGGUGUCGGAGCUGGAGGCCCGCGUGGGCGAGGAGGAGGAGUGCAGCCGCCAGCUGCAAACCGAGAAGAAGAGACUGCAGCAGCAUAUACAGGAGCUGGAGAACCACCUUGAGGCAGAGGAAGGGGCACGGCAGAAGCUGCAGCUGGAGAAGGUGACCACGGAGGCCAAGCUGAAGAAAUUUGAGGAAGAUCUGGUACUCUUAGAAGAUCAGAAUGCCAAGCUGAGCAAGGAGCGGAGGCUGCUGGAGGAGCGUCUGGCCGAGUUCUCGUCGCAGGCGGCGGAGGAGGAGGAGAAGAUCAAGAGCCUCAAUAAGCUUCGACUCAAAUACGAGGCCACGAUUGCGGACAUGGAGGACCGCCUGCGGAAGGAGGAGAAGGGCCGCCAGGAGCUGGAGAAGCUGAAGCGGCGGCUGGACGGGGAGAGCUCAGAGCUGCAGGAGCAGAUGGCCGAGCAGCAGCAGCGCGCAGAGGAGCUGCGGGCCCAGCUGGGCCGAAAGGAAGUGGAACUGCAGGCCGCCCUGGCCAGGGCGGAGGAGGAAGGCGGGGCCCGGGCCCAGCUGCUCAAAUCCCUGCGGGAGGCCCAGGCAGGGCUGGCCGAGGCCCAGGAGGACCUGGAGACCGAGCGGGCGGCCAGGGCCAAGGCAGAGAAGCAGCGCAGGGACCUGGGCGAGGAGCUGGAGGCGCUACGGAGCGAGCUGGAGGACACGCUGGACUCCACCAACGCGCAGCAGGAGCUCCGGUCCAAGAGGGAGCAGGAGGUGACGGAGUUGAAGAAGGCUCUGGAGGAGGAGACGCGUGUUCACGAAGUGGCGGUGCAGGAGCUGAGACAGCGCCACGGCCAGGCCCUGGGAGAGCUGGCCGAACAGCUGGAACAGGCCCGGAGGAGCAAAGGUACGUGGGAGAAGACCCGGAUGGCCCUGGAGGCCGAGGUGUCUGAGCUACGGGCAGAGCUGAGCAGCCUGCAGACCUCGCGUCAGGAGGGCGAGCAGCGGAGGCGCCGCCUGGAGUCCCAGCUGCAGGAGGUGCAGGGCCGGGCCGGCGACGGGGAGCGGGCGCGAGCAGAGGCUACAGAGAAGCUGCAGCGAGCCCAGGCUGAACUGGAGAACGUGUCUGGGGCCCUGAGUGAGGCCGAAUCCAGAGCCAUCCGGCUGAGCAAGGAGCUGAGCAGCACGGAGGCCCAGCUUCACGAUGCCCAGGAGCUGCUGCAAGAGGAGACCAGGGCGAAGCUGGCCUUGGGGUCCCGGGUGCGAGGCCUGGAGGCCGAGGUGGCGGGGCUGCGGGAGCAGCUGGACGAGGAAGCCGUCGCCAGGGAGCGGGCGGGCCGGGAGCUGCAGACCGCCCAGGCCCAGCUCUCGGAGUGGCGGCGCCGCCAGGAGGAGGAAGCGGGCGCGCUGGAGGCCGGCGAGGAGGCGCGGCGGCGGGCGGCGCGCGAGGCCGAGGCCCUGACCCAGCGCCUGGCGGAAAAGACGGAGGCGGCGGAGCGGCUGGAGCGGGGCCGUCGCCGGCUGCAGCAGGAGCUGGACGACGCCACCGUGGACCUGGAACAACAGCGGCAGCUCGUGAGCGCGCUGGAGAAGAAGCAGCGCAAGUUCGACCAGCUCCUGGCAGAGGAGAAGGCGGCCGUACUGCGGGCGGUGGAGGAGCGUGAGCGGGUCGAGGCGGAGGGCCGGGAGCGCGAGGCUCGGACCCUGUCCCUGACCCGGGCCCUGGAGGAGGAGCAGGAGGCGCGGGAGGAGCUGGAGCGGCAGAACCGGGCCCUGCGGGCGGAGAUGGAGGCCCUGCUGAGCAGCAAGGAUGACGUUGGCAAGAACGUGCAUGAGAUGGAGCGAGCCCGCCGGGUGGCAGAACAGACAGUCAGCGACCUGCGAACGCAGGUGACGGAGCUGGAGGAUGAACUGACGGCGGCCGAGGAUGCCAAGCUGCGCCUGGAAGUGACCGUGCAGGCUCUCAAGGCCCAGCACGAACGUGACCUGCAGGGCCGCGACGAGGUUGGCGAGGAGAGGCGGCGGCAGCUGGCCAAGCAGCUGAGGGAUGCCGAGGUGGAGCGGGACGAGGAGCGCAAGCAGCGCACCCAGGCCGUGGCCGCCCGGAAAAAGCUGGAGGUCGAGCUGGAGGACCUGAAAGCCCAGAACGCGGCCGCCGCGCAGGGCAAGGAGGACGCGGUGAAGCAGUUUCGCAAGAUGCAGGCCCAGAUGAAGGAGCUGUGGCGGGAGGUGGAGGAGUCACGCACUUCGCGGGAGGAAAUCUUUGCCCAGAACCGGGAGAGUGAGAAGCGCCUCAAGGCACUGGAGGCGGAGGUGCUGCGGCUGCAGGAGGAACUGGCCGCCUCAGAUCGUGCCCGGCGGCAGGUCCAGCAGGAGCGGGACGAGAUGGCAGAUGAGGUGGCCAACGGCAGCCUUAGCAAGGCAGCCAUUCUGGAGGAGAAGCGGCAGCUGGAGGGGCGCCUGGGGCAAAUGGAAGAGGAACUCGAGGAGGAGCAGAGCAACGCAGAGCUGCUGGGCGACCGCUACCGCAAGCUGCUCCUGCAGGUGGACUCGCUGACUACAGAGUUGUCAGCCGAGCGCAGUUUCUCAGCCAAGGCGGAGAGCGGGCGGCAGCAGCUGGAGCGACAGAUCCAAGAGCUCCGGGGGCGCCUGGGUGAGGAGGACGCCGGGGCCCGGGCCCGCCAGAAGAUGAUCAUUGCCGCCCUUGAGUCGAAACUGUCCCAGGCUGAGGAGCAGCUGGAGCAGGAGAGCAGGGAGCGCAUCCUCUCCGGCAAGCUGGUGCGCAGGGCUGAGAAGCGGCUUAAAGAGGUGGUGCUCCAGGUGGAGGAGGAGCGGAGGGUGGCCGACCAGCUCCGGGACCAGGUGGAGAAGGGCAACCUUCGGGUGAAACAGCUAAAGCGACAGCUGGAGGAAGCCGAGGAGGAGGCGUCCCGGGCGCAGGCGGUCCGCCGGCGGCUGCAGCACGAGCUGGAAGAUGUCACAGAGUCCUCGGAGGCCAUGAACCGCGAGUUGAACACGCUGAGGAACCGGCUCCGACGCGGCCCACUCACCCUCACCACCCGCAAGGUGCGCCAGGUCUUCCGACUGGAGGAGGGCGUGCCAUUGGAGGAGGAGAUCGAGGAGGAGGAGCCCGGGUCUGGGCCGCCACCCCCGGAGCCUGACGAGCCCCCGGCGGCGCCCCAGCCCCAGUGACCCCGCCCUGCCCCCAGCUUUGGCCCCUCCCUCCCUGGCCCCUGGUCCCUGGGGCGCCCGUCCCGGGAACGCAACCUCUGGCUUCUUGCACUUUGAAGAUGGUGCCAGCCUUUGGCACUAUAGCACUUACCAACCCCAUGUGAGGGGGCAGGGGCUGAGACCCAUGGACCCCUAAACACAGGGGAGCAGGGGAGCAGGGCAACGUGGAGGAGGGCCUUCGCUUGGAAGGAAAUCCGGGAGCAGUUAGCAAGCUGUGGCCCCAUAGGGCUCCCCUCCCUCCUUAAGUUGUUAAUGAUCUUUAUAAGCAAGGGAGCAUGGCUCCCCUGUCCUCCGAAGCCAGGGUUCCCAUUCUCCUCCCCCUCUCUCCCCCCUCUUCCCCUCCUCCUCUCCACUCUCCACUGACCCCGGAACUUCUGAGCGACAGCAGCCGGAGCCCCAGGUCUCCACCAACCUUUGACCCUUGCAGAGGGGCGGGAGAAGGGAACCCCCCCCAUCACCCCCUCUCCUUCCCCAUGUGUUCCGCCCCCCCCCCCCUUCUGGUUGCUCUUGUGUGAUCACAAUUAGGUUUGGAGUUUCCUGUGGGGGCUGGAAGAGGCCCCAUAUCCUCCCAGCCUCCAGGCUCUGGCAGAAAUAAACUCCCACCCCAACUGGA